AGCAAUUCUUAGGAGAAAAAAAUGGAAGGGCUACAGCCCAGGGAUUUGUUUGACAAUAAACUCCUCUUCCAGAAAAAAAAGGGAAAGAUAAACUGUUAAUGGAAGAGACAUGGCAAAAAGACAAAAACCAAGAGGAAAGAUUUGCUUUCAUUGCAGAAUGGUAUGAUCCAACUGCUUCACUUUUUCGGCGCUAUGAGCUUCUGUAUUACCCUACAGACGGAUCAGUGGAAAUGUAUGACAUGAAGAAUCGCUCCAAAUUCUUGAAUCGCACUAAAUAUGAAGAUCUGAAUUUUAAAGAUCUCUUUGUGGGCAACAGAAUUACUAUUUUUUCACGCCACCUCAAUUUGGUAGACUAUGCCGAUCAAUACACCUCUCGCUUGUUGGGCAGUUGCAAAGAAAGAACCUUGGCAUUAUUAAAACCAGAUGUAGGACUCAGAGUUGGAGAAGUUAUUGAUAUGAUUAUUAAUUCUGGUUUUACAAUAACAAAGGCUAAAAUGGUGAAACUUACAAGAAAAAUCGUGUUGAAGCAUUUGGUUUCCCUGACUAUUCUAUUUUUUGCUUUCAGUGAACUUCUUGAGUUUAUUACAAGUGGCCCUGUUGUUGCCAUGGAGAUUUUGGGAGAUGAUGCCAUAGGUAAAUGGAAACAAUUAUUAGGGCCUGCAAAUUCAAUUGUGGCACGAACUGAUGCUCCAAACAGCAUUAGAGGACGUUUUGGAAGUGACAGCAUAAGAAAUGUGGCUCAUGGCCCUGAUUCCUUUGCCUCUGCUGCUAGUGAACUGGAAUUAUUCUUUCCUUCCAAUGGAGGCCGUGGACCCACUGGCACUGCUAAGUAUACACAUUGUACUUGCUGUGUUAUUAAACCUCAUGCAAUUAAAGAAGGAGUAGCUGGAAAGAUUAUAAAAGCAAUUCUUGAUGGAGGAUUUGAAAUCUCAGCCUUGCAGAUGUUUUAUAUGGACCGAGCAAAUGCAGAGGAAUUCUAUGCAAUCUACAAAGGUGUUGUUUCUGAAUAUUCUGAGAUGGUUGUAGAGCUCUGCUCAGGACCUUGUAUAGCUCUAGAGAUUCGACAGAUAGAUCCUGAAAAAGUGUUCAGAGACUACUGUGGCCCUUCUGAUCCUGAAAUAGCCCGUUAUCUCCGUCCUGGCACCCUCCGUGCUCGCUUUGGUAAAAACAAGAUACAAAAUACUGUCCAUUGUACAGAUUUACCAGAGGAUGGACUUUUGGAGGUGCAAUACUUUUUCAGUAUCUUAGACAGCUAACAGAACAUUGUGAAGUAAAACUGCUUAGAAAAAACAAACUGCAGAACGGGAAAUGUAUGAUUAUUCAUUUAUUGUCCAGUGUUUAAACCUGAAUGAAAUACAAGGCCCACAAGAGCACUGAACUCCUGGCUAUUACAUAUAUUAGAACAUAGAGUUUUGCACUUUAGACAACAUUUAACACCAAUUGAUGGGAUAACUGCAUUGCUUCUCAAAGUUCAAAAUAAAGAUUUAUUUUCAGACAUGUGGCUUUGGUUUAUUUUUAUACAUUACACCUUUUUCUUGCAGAAAAAAAAAAUUGUACAACUGCAUAAAUAUAAAAUUCUUUCACCAUGAAAAUGGUUAAAACAUUCAAUAAAGACAGCACCACAGCAUGUGAUGCUUCUCACAGGAAAAGAAGAGAAUAUACAAAGCAAAAUAAUUAUUCCUAUCACUAGUGAAAUUGAUAGGCUGACAUAGGUCUACACACAAUUUUAAAACAUAGGAUGAAAGAGAAAGAAAAAGACACCAAUUGCUACAAAGCACAGUACAUAAUCACUUAUUCUCCAUAGCUUUGUUACAAAGAUAAAGUAAUUUUUCCCUGCCACCACACUAAAUUUAGUAACUACUAAGGAAUAGAAGUUGGGGGAGGCUUCAUGGAGUGCUACUGAAUAAUCGCAGAUGGGCCUUUAGCUUUUCAAAACAAAAGAGCCUGUUUGAUGUUAAGGUUUUGAUCUAGAAGUCAGAGGGCUGUGAGUUCUAGUCCCACUUUAGGCAUGAAAACUGGAAGGGUGACUGGGUCAGUCGUACUCUCAAUCCAAUUCAUAUCAUAGGGAUGUUGUUGUGGG